UUAUAUAGAGAGAACGCUUCCUACUAGCUUACCCAUUGCCGUUCCUUUCAUAUCUUCACUCCAGGGACUAGUUGUCAUCCAUUGCAACAUGUGGGCAAAGACCGUCACUGAAAAUUUUGCUAAUGUUAUCCAUGGUUUGAAUGUGAGCCAUCUGACAGAUCUAGUCAUUCAGAGAAGCAAACGGAUGAUCCUGGAUACUCUGGGAGUAGGGUUGCUGGGUACCAACACGGAUGUCUUCCACAAAGUUACACAAUACAGUAAAAUCUACCAUUCAGAUGCAUCCAGCACGGUUUGGGGUCACUCGGAUUUCAGACUUCCUCCUCUGUAUGCAGCUUUUGUGAACGGAGUAGCUGUUCACUCAAUGGAUUUUGAUGAUACAUGGCAUCCAGCCACACACCCAUCUGGGGCUGUGCUUCCUGCUCUGUUUGCUCUAUCAGAAAUCCUGCCUCAAAAGCAAAAAUUCUCUGGCCUUGACAUGCUCUUAGCUUUCAACGUAGGGAUUGAAGUACAAGGCAGAUUGAUGCGCUUUUCCAGCGAAGCCAGCAAUGUUCCAAAAAGGUUUCAUCCACCAGCUGUGGUUGGUACCAUGGGGAGUGCAGCAGCUACUGCUAAAUUGUUAGCACUUGAUCAGUUUAAAUGUAAAGCAGCUUUGGCUGUUGCUGCUUCUUUUGCAGGUGCCCCAAUGGCUAAUGCAGCAACACAAACCAAACCCCUCCACAUUGGCAAUGCAGCUAGGCAUGGCCUGGAAGCAGCUUGCUUAGCGUCACUGGGUCUUCAAGGAAACAAACAGAUCUUGGACAUGGAGUCAGGGUUGGGUGCCUUUUAUACAGACUAUACCCCCCGGUUUCUGCCAACUUUACAAUCUUAUUCCUGGCUCUUGGAUCAACAAGACGUGGCCAUCAAGCGCUUUCCUGCUCAUCUUGGAACACACUGGGUGGCAGAUGCAGCCUCUUCACUGAGGAAGCACCUUGUGGAGAGUGAUGACUCAGUCUCCAUUAGUAGAAUUAAGAAAAUUGUUGUCAAAGUCCCAGAUGUUAGAUACGUGAACAGACCUUUCCCCAACUCUGAACACGAAGCCCGGCAUUCUUUCCAGUUUGCUGCAUGCACUGCUCUGCUGGAUGGCAGCAUCUCUGUUCAGUCAUUCAGCGAUCAGAACAUUUCUAGGCCAGAGUUAAAGGAGCUGCUCAGCAAAACCAAGCUAGAGCAUCCUGCCGAUAACAAGCCUAGCUUUGAGAACCUUUAUUGUGAGGUGAAUGUCACUCUUCAGGAUGGCAAGGUGUUUAGUGAACACUGCGAUACAUUCUAUGGACAUUGGAGGAAACCUUUGAGUACAGAUGAUCUGAAGAAAAAGUUUCACUCCAAUGCUUCCAGUGUGCUCUCAGUGGUAGCUACAGAAGGCAUUAUAGAGACUGUGGAGAAUUUAGAAAAAGUAGAAGACUGUUCUGUGUUAAGUGCAUUUCUGAAAGGGACACAGUCAACCAAAGUACUUUCAAAAAGGUGCUUACCUUGAAAAAUAAUUGACAUUUAUUGACUGACAUCCUCAUAGCUACUCCUUUGCGCUUAAAAUGAAUCAGGAAUCGAAAACUCCUAUCAUAUUGCACUCCUGUAACAUGAGCAGCAUUUUAAGUCCAGUAUUGUGGCUCUAGUUACAAAGAUUGUGUUCUGCUGUAGCUGUGCCAUGCCACUAUCUGGAAGGAAGAUCCUGUGCUGGCAGUGUCCCCCUUGAUUAUCCUUAUACCAUUACUAGAAGAGUAUUGUCUGCAGGCCCCACAAAGUACUACUGCUGCUGUGGGAUUCCUGCUACCAAGUUAUCUGCUAUGCUGGUGCUAGAAACAAAAGCCUCUUCCUAAAUAUCCUGCUUAUAUUAGAGGAUUGGGUAAUGCAGACCUGAAUUUUGGAGGGAUAGGGCAGUCACUGCUUCUGGGAGGGAAGCAGUUGAAAGGUCAGGUAGAGAAUAAGCAAUUUAUAGCUAAUAUAUGUAAAAAUUCUAUCUAUGCUAAAAGAAAAACCCAAGGCACCAAAGUUGUAGUGCCUGGUAUUCUCCAAGAAACAUCCCAACUUCCCCAUCAAACUUGGUCUUGUAUAAGCUAGGUUGACAACCACACCAAUGGUAAACAAUAAGAUCAUUUUUGUUUCCAUAGUUGGCUGCUCUAAAAACAUAAGGACUCACUCUUGACAAUCUGUUUCCUAUCAUAGCCGAAAAUUACACUUGUUACAGUUGUGUAGCACUGGCUCUUUGUAACUCUGAGGUUGCCUUCACUAUACCUUCCCUUACAUCAGUCAAGUCACAUUCCUCCAGCCACAAUGUAGCUGACCAGAUGUGUUAAGGAAUGUAGCCUUAGGAUGCUUCCUUUGUCAUUCAUUGUCAGUACAUAGGACUUGCAUCGUUGACAGGGACUGUCUAACCUGUCAUUCCAGGAAAGUUUUAGAGGGGGUUUUCACUUUUAAAAGAACACAAUCAAGAUUUAAAUAAUAUUUUUAAAUUAACAUAACACUGCUGCUAACACAUCCUUGCACAUUUUACACUGAAGUCUAUCAAAUCAGAUUUGUCUUUCUCCAGUAUAGAAAUGUAUAUUAAGUCAGUAAUUGUGACAUUACAGGCAGAUUGAUAAUAUCUUGGUUCAUGUGCUUAACGGAGCUUGUGCUUUACUGUGGAAGCCAUGGCACCAUUUGUUUUCUGCUUUAAGGGACUAAUGUUCCUAUUUGAGGAUCUAAAAAUAGGCAUUUAGAGCCAUAUUUAGGAACCUGUAAUAGCAUUUAGGUCUAGAUUGCUUAUUUAGGUGUCUAUGUUUUAAAAUCAGGCUAGUUUAGAAGGAACAUUUGAUAUGCUGUUCACAUUACUGUUACAUCUUCAGAAGUUGUGGAUGUUAAUUGUCUGUAGUGAUACAACUUUUAAAAAGCUGUAGCUAUUGGUAUAAUUUUACUAAAUAUAAUAAGACUUUGUGAUGUUUCAAUUUUGUACAUGAGCUGUUUCUUCACAGGGGCAGAUCUCUUCCACCUCUCAGCCACUUUCAUAUCCAGGCUGCAUGGAUCACUCACAAGGUUAUGCCUUUUGGGAUUAAUAAAAGCCUGUGUUUAUUAUUUUGUUAUGGUAGACUGAGGCCUUUCAGCAUAACUACCACCACAUUGGAAUCCAAUCACUUAUACUGAAAGAAUGAUCAGCUUCUGUAUCUACAGUCAGCUCAGCUAGAUGAGUGACUGCUGCAGGGCAGCAUACAAAUGGCUGUUAGAGUGCCCAUCACUAGUUACAUAAGCCUGGAUCCAUACAGGGACUUAGGCAUUGCAACCGUGAGUGUUGUGGCACCUUUUAGGCACAAAGAAAAAUCACAGGAACACCACUGUGAUCUACAAAGCCUAAGGUGGGCACCUAGGCUCCCUAUACGAGUCGAGGGAGAGAAGAACCUUAGAAUGCAAGCCUUAAAAGCCAGCACACUAGGCUAAGCUAGGCAAGAUGGCAACCAGAGGUCUGACCUAAGCCCCUCCUCUCUCUGAGAGAAGCCUCUGUCUCCGCUUAGUAACCCACACACAGGAACAUGUCUCCUGGAACAGGGUGGCUUCGGUGCCUAAGCAGUUUCUUGAUGGAAUGCGAGAGGUGCCGGCUUUGCUGGAGGAGGCAGCAGAAGCAUCUCCCACCUUAUAACUCGGUGGUUAGAGUGCUUACCUGGUUCAAUUGCCCUCUCUCUGCCAUGGCAAGAAAGGAUUUGAACACAAGUAUCCUACUUUCCAAUAGAGUGCUCUAAGCAUCUGAGGUGUAGGAUAUUCUGCUGGGGGGCUAUUGUUACAGCUUCAGGGUAACUGCACCUGUGUGACCCCUCUGUCUCUGGAAGGCACCCACAUAAGAUUUCUAGCUCCCAUCUCUCUUUCUAGCCUGGUCAUGGUUUUAAAGCUACACAGCUCCCUAUCUCACACCAUGAUGUCCCCAGCAAGUCACGCUGCUUAAAGGCCAGUGUGUGUGUUGCUUUCUCUCUGAGGGCUAGGAAUAGGCUACAAGUGACCACACUGCUCCUUCUAAGCAAGGACCUUUGUUCUCAAGGGAAAAGCAUUACAGAGAAAAUUAUUAAACAAAAGAAGUUUCUAUACACAUGCUAAAAGCUUACUAGAGGUUACCAAUCUGUUUUAUGGGUGCUUGGAAGGCCAAAAGCCUUCCAACCCUUCUGAAAAAGGUUGGGGCCUUUAGACAGAAGGUCCUAUCCAUUUGCUGGAUCAGAAAAAGGGUUCUGAGUCUGCCUAAGCAUGGCCUUUUUAAGGAAAAAGCCCUUUCUUAGAUUUCCUAGACUCUGGGAGCCCAGCUUGAACAGGUAUCUGUGAACUUCUACCAGAGGUACUACCUUCUGGAGUGUCUAUAAUGUGAGUGAUUCACCUUAAUCUCUCUCUCUCUCUCACACACACACACACACACACACACACACACACACACACACACACUGUGUGU